UCACGCGCUGCGCGGGUUCCGGGUGCGGGCGGUGCGCGCAGGGAGGGCGGACGGGGUGACGGCAACCCACCCGUGUCUCUUCCUGGUGCGUCCUCGUGGCUGAGCGCUGCGUAGCCCCCCCCCGCCCCCACCCCCGGCGCACCCCACGCCGUCAUUACCGGGGCCGCCUCGUUCCCUCGUGCCACCCGUCCCCAUGUCGGGAGCAGCCGCCACCGCACCGCCGCAGCCAUGAGCAACGCGACGGCUCCCAGCGCUCCCGGCGCUGCGGGCGAUUCGUUGGUGGGCUCCGUGCUCGGCCCCUUCGUGCUGCUCACCCUGCUGGGCGCCGUCCUGGCUGCGGUGAUGUACGUCCAGAAGAAGCGAAGGUCGGAGCGCCUGCGGCACCGCCUGCUGCCCAUGUACAGCUAUGACCCUGCUGAGGAGCUGCAGGAGUCCGAGCACGAGCUGCUGGUGGAGGCGGAGGAGCACCAGAUGGGUCCCACCUGGGGCUCCCGUGGGGGCUGGAGGGCUUGAGGCUGCCCUGGAGCAGGACUGGAACCCACAGCUCCCCCCAGCAGUGGCAGCACAGCACCGGGAGCAGCGCCAGCAUCCCCAUGAGCACGGAUGGUAACGGGGCACCUGCCACCUUCCUGCACAUUUUUCUGCUGCUUUUUCUUGAAACCACCCUAAAAAAAAUGCACUGAGGAUGGGGUGGGGAAAUGCACUGGGGCUGUGAGACAGGUGCAGCCCCACGGAGCACCCAUGGGCUCCUAUUGGCCCUAUAUGGUGUUUGCGGGGUCAGGACACCCCAAGUUCCUUUGGAGGGGGCAAAUAAACGUUUCUCUGUAACAACAA